AUGGCCAACACCAACAUUGUCACGACCACCGGCACGGGCAGCAGCAGCACCGACUUUCUGGCGGGUCCAUUCUGGUGGAUUGUGCCGGCCAUCCUCUGUAUUCUUUUCUUUAGCUGCAUCCUCUGGAUCUAUCGGCGGUCCCUCAAGAUCGAAGACAUUCCGCUGCCGGACAUUGUGCCGACCCAGACCAUGACCGUUGUCACGGAAAUCCCGCUCCCGGUCUACAAGGCCGAAUACGACAAGACUCCCCUGACGCCGUUCAUGCCCCAGUUGGACGACUUGCCAGGGUACAGCUCGCCGUGCCGGCCGUCGCCGCCGGUUGCAGUACCUCCACCGCCUGGGGUCGUGGCAAAGCAGUACAAUACGUCGGCAGCGACGCUAUAG